CCUGCGGUUCUGGAGCGGUAGGGUAGGCAGGAAGAGCCUCACAGAGGAAGGGGUAACACCCCCCCCACCAUGCACACACACUUGGGAGGGCCCCAAACUAGCUACUGAAGCUGCUUGAAGAGGAAGUAAGAGGAGUCUGUGACUUCGGGGCUCUGGGGCGUCAUGGCCCAGACCCUGGGGGAGGACCUGGUGCAGGAUGACUCCAGCUCCUUGGGGUCCGACUCAGAGCUGAAUGGGCCCAGCCCAUAUCGCCAGGCUGACCGGUACGGCUUCAUUGGGGGCAGCUCAGCAGAGCCAGGGCCCGGCCGUCCUCCUGCAGACCUGAUCCGCCAGAGAGAGAUGAAGUGGGUGGACAUGACCUCACACUGGGGAAAAACCAUGUCCCGGCGGUACAAGAAGGUGAAGAUGCAGUGCAGGAAGGGGAUCCCCUCCGCCCUGCGGGCGCGGUGCUGGCCUCUGCUGUGUGGGGCCCGGGUGUGUCAGCAGAACAGCCCUGGCACCUAUCAGGAGCUGGCGGACGCCCCUGGAGACCCACAGUGGAUGGAGACCAUCAGCAGGGACCUGCACCGCCAGUUCCCUCUGCACGAGAUGUUUGUGUCCCCCCAGGGCCACGGGCAGCAGGGGCUCCUGCAGGUUCUCAAGGCCUACACCCUGUUCCGGCCCGAGCAAGGCUACUGCCAGGCCCAGGGCCCUGUGGCUGCCGUGCUGCUCAUGCACCUGCCCCCGGAGGAGGCCUUCUGGUGCUUGGUGCAGAUCUGUGAACUCUACCUCCCUGGCUACUAUGGGCCCCAUAUGGAGGCGGUGCGGCUGGACGCCGAGGUGUUCGCGGCGCUGCUGCGGCGGCUGCUCCCGCGCGUGCACCGGCACCUGCAGCGCGCAGGCGCGGGGCCCCUGCUCUACCUGCCCGAGUGGUUCCUGUGCCUCUUCACCCGCGCCCUGCCCUUCCCCACCGUGCUGCGCGUCUGGGACGCCUUCCUCAGCGAGGGCGCCAAGGUGCUGUUCCGAGUGGGUUUGACCCUGAUGCGCCUGGCGCUGGGCACUGCGGAGCAGCGCAGGGCCUGCCCGGGGCUCCUGGAGACGCUUGGGGCCCUGCGAGCCAUUCCCCCCAGCCGGCUGCAGGAGGAGGGCUUCAUGGCCCAGGUACACAGUGUGGCCCUGUCUGAGCGGGACCUGCAGCGGGAAAUCAGGGUCCAGCUAGCUCAGCUGCCCCGGUCCUCGGCCGGGCCCCCCCCCCAGCCGCGGGCCCGUCUUCCCGGAGCCCGCGCCAUCUUUGAGGCCCAGCAGCUGGCAGGCGCACGAGGAGGCGCCAAACCUGAGGUGCCCCGGAUUGUGGUGGAGCCCCCCGAGGAGGAGUCCAGGCCGCCCCGACGCAAACCCCAGACCCGUGGCAAGACCUUUCAUGGGCUCCUGACUCGGGCGCGAGGGCCCUCGGUGGAGGCUGCCCCCAGAGCCCAUCGCAGCUCUGCGUCCUUCUUGGACACCCGCUUCUGAGGGCGCCGAGGCUCAGCACCCCCAGUGCUCAUGGUGGACGCCAGCCCACCGUGGGUUCUGCACUUUUCUGCUGGGACUUGGU